AUGGAGGAUCAUUAUGGUGGAAGCGGGAACGAUGACGGACUGCUCUACUACCUCAAUCUCGCCACAUCCUUCGAUACUACAACCUCAAACCUGACGGCCUUGUUCGGCAACAUAUCCAAAGCAGGAGGAAUCGCAAACAAUAUCGCCCCAACCUACCGCGAUGGAGUCAUGUUCGCCAACGAUAAUGAGUUCUAUCUUUACGGGUACUUGGACCCCCACUUCAUUUAUUCCCCUCUGACUGUGUAUAGUGGCCUCCUCCGUCUCACAGACAGUCAAGAUCCCCCAGCCGGCAACACCGUUCUCGGCUACGAACGAUACCAGUAUGGCCCAAACCGAGAAUCCUGGAAACCAGGCUUCAUCGUCGACAAUCUGGACAGCGGCGUGACCAGAUACGUGACGAACGGCGCCGGAGUAUCCGCACCGAGCGAGAACCUUGGGUUCUAUUUCAGCGGCAUGCGCGGGAAGGACUGGGGGCCUAUCUAUGUUGACGAUGAAUCGGCCAAUGUUACCUCCGACCGCAUGAUCAAGGUGGACACGUCUACUAUGCGCGAGAACAAGUGGUCUAAUCUGUCGUUGCCGGCAUACGUCCCUGCGCGUGCUAAUGCCGAGCUGGUUUGGAUUCCUGUCGCUGAGUCCGGGCUCUUGGUGGCGAUUGGGGGAGUGAUUAAUUCAGCCACGAUAUUUUCGUCGGAGGGAUUGACGAGUGCCCAGCAGAAUGAGAGUAAGAUUGUAAGUCCGGGGCUCAUGGAGACAGUGUCUGUCUACGAUGUCAGCGGUGAUAAAUGGUAUCUGCAAAACACCACCGGGGACGUUCCCCCUCAACUGACGCAGUUCUGCUCGGUCUAUGCGAGCGCAUCAGAUGGUUCCUCCCACAAUAUCUAUAUCUACGGCGGCUACGAUGGGCUGAGCACAGAGAACACACCGUCCGACGAUGUCUAUGUCUUAUCCUUGCCCUCCUUCAGUUGGAUCAAGCUUUACAGUGGAAACAGCACCCAUGGCAGGAGUGGUCACCGCUGUGUCAAACCAUAUCCGGACCAAAUGCUUGUUCUCGGAGGAGUGCACCUUGACCCUACGCAUUGCCUUGACGGUGGGGUGAUCCAAGUGUUCAACCUGAAUACCGGCAGGUUCCAAAACACCUAUGAUUCAAAAGUCUGGAGCGAGUACAAAGUCCCGGACUUGAUCACUGCCGUCAUUGGGGGAGAUUCCAGAGGCGGUGCCACAAAAACAUCGCCCACUUCCUGGACCAAUUCCUCUCUGGCAGAUGUGUUCAAAACCAAGUACACCAAGACCAUUAGCACCUGGUACCCCUACAACAGCACAACCAGCAGCUCACCCACCAUGACCCCUGUGCCAGACAAAGGCUCCAGCUUCCCCAGCUGGGCCGGCGCCAUCAUUGGCGUCAUCCUAGGGCUCCUUCUCAUUGCAGCGGCGUGUAUAUUCUGGUGUCUCCGUCGCCGUCGCAAGUCCCGUGAAUCACAAUCCACAAGCCAGGAAUCAGCUCGAUCCUGGAUCCUGCGGUGGAUGCACACCGGCGGGUCGACGGCCGGCGUACCAAAAUCAGGCGACACGACUGCAUCAACGGGGUACAGUGCAUUCGCGGAUGAUUCAAACAUCACGCCAACAACAGCGGUGUCACCGCGGAGCGUGGAGGCCGGUGGCGAGCCCGUUUACGAGAUGCUAGAUCAUAGCACCGCACCCCCCGUGGAACUUCCCACACCGUACAACAACAAUCCCCUCCCCAGUCCGGUUUCGACCUCCGACGUCUCGGCGACUGACUAUAUAUCCCCCGUCACGGGGUGUGGAGCUGAGUGGCAUACUCCCCAGGAGGGGAGAUUGGAGACGACGAAAGAGAUUGAUGAGGUUGAUGGCUUGGGAAUAAAGGAACUGCCGUAG